UCUAGUGAGAUGGAUGUCCACUACAGUGCUGCAAGUCCUGGGACCUCUGCAGAGCCGACUACCUACCAUCUUGACACGCCACUUUAGUGGUGGUGUAGUAGCGAGGCCUCUCAGAGGACGUAGGGGGGCGUUGCCUAAGGGAGGGGCCGACAGUGAACGUGGUGGCCGAGGCUCUGGCGAGAGGGGCCGGACGACUACGUUUGGCGACCUAGUGCAGUCUAGUAGCCUCUUGAGCAAGCUCGGGAUCUGGUUUCUCGAAGCGGGGACGAGAGGCAAGCAACGGACCAAGCUGAAGGACCUUCCGCUGCCUACGCCGAUACAAAGACUAGCAUACCCUCUUAUAGGAGGAGAGGAUCAGCGCAGUGUGUCCAUGGUGUCACCACCUGGGACAGGGAAGACCCUAGCGUAUUUGCUGCCAGUAGUCGACCGUACUGUUCGAGUGUCUGAAGGGCUCAGUAUCAAGAGGGACGAGGAAGGACGUGCGGUACGAUCAUCAGCCGAUCAGAAAACGAUAGUGAGGUCGGCAGGCAAGGGCAGCCCUUUGCUUGUGGUCAUAGUCCCUACUAGAGAGCUCGCUGAGCAGGCACACGCUGAGGUUAAGAAGUACUCGCCACCUUGGAUGUCGGUACAGUUGUGUGCAGGGGGGACAGGCAGGGAUGUUCGGGAUUCCCAUGUUAUGGCGCUCAGUCAUGGGGCGGACAUUGUAGUGGGCACGCCGGGUCGGUUGAAGUGGCUCGCCGAGCACGGGGCACUAUCGUUGGGUAAACCUGUCGCGCGCCCGGAAAUUACCCCCAGUCCGGUUGCGGCUGAGGGUCUUCUGAAGAAGCCUAAGCCUCUACUACCGUGUGUUGUGCUGGACGAGGCCGAUGUACUGCUGACCAGCGAGAUAGUGCUGGGCUUGGUCCGAGAGCUCACUCGGGGUCGUCAGGCACAGCUGAUCUACGCGUCGGCCACCUUCGAUGCAUGGAUGAAGGAUAGGCUUAGGGAGCUGUCACCGAAAUAUGAGGUCCUCAACGCUACGGAAGAGAUGGAAGCUCGUGAGGAGGUCGUCUAUGCACUAAGGGAAGUGAGCCAUUUGUAUGCCCGGCUUUCCUCGAACUCUGAGAGGAGGCUCCGGCAGCUCACGUGGGCUAUUGAGAAGCUGCGGCCAGGGUCUGGAAGUGAUAUACAGGUGGCGAACAAGGUAUUGGUAUACUGUCGCGAGAAGACGGAGGUAUGCCUGUUGGCUGAUGAUCCCCAGCUUAGGAAUGUCUGUGCUCCGGGGCGCAUGAUGGCCCUCCAUGCGGAUAUGUCGCCCUCGCAGCGGAAACAAGUGAUGGACUCCUACAGGACGGCCCUAGCAGACUUUGGGCCAGUCGUACUCAUCACCACCGACAUCGCUGCGAGAGGCCUCGACAUCCCGGGCAUAGGCUUAGUGAUCCACUACGGAGCUCCCAAGACGACAGCUAACUACAUACAUAGGGUCGGACGUAUACGGCCCGAGACAGUGAAGAAGGUCGGCCGGGCUGGCGAGGACAAGUGCAAGUCUAUCAUGUUCCUCACCUCGGGUCGAUCGUCCUUGCCUCCACCAAGGAUCGCCGCACAGUGGGGUGUCCAGCCGGCGCAGGUUAAGGCGAUGGUUCGGGGCAUUCUGGAGGGGCUACAGGAGUCGACCAAGGAGGGCAGUAUUGGCACUGAGGCCUGGAAGACCGCGGAUUCGCUGUUGUUUGGCGUGGACGACCCUGACGUUACUCGAUCAGCGGCGGCGGUUCAAAACCUGGCGGCGGCAUUGCAUUUAGUGGCGCUGCGCCAAAGUCCGCCCUCGGCUCGAUCGCGUCCGAGUCUACUAAGUGGCCGAAAGGGCUAUUCUCCGGUACUUCUCCUGGACCCUUACUUGAAGAAGGUCCCGAGCAAAGACAGGGCGGCUAAGUUGGUUUCAGAAGCUAUAAAGGAGGCUGCAACCCAUGGUAUGUUGGAGCCCCUCACUGAGCCGGUGGACUCCUCAUCGGGCAGGCUACCGUCCCGGCCUGAGAAGCGAAUAUCGCCUCUGGGGCGCAUCGCUCUAACAAGACGGGGCUAUGCUGUUGAUAUACCGACGGGCUACAUCAAGUCGGUGCUGGGAUCGAGAAAACUGCGAAGUGCCGGGGUUGUACCCGUGUACCUCACCACGCAGGUGCCUCGGUUGAUAACUGACGAGAGGACUUUCAGGUUGCGAGCGGCCGCCCGGGAUCGUCGUGAGGGAGUUCAGGAAGUGGUCAGAGCUAAGCGGCUGAGAGAACGUAUCAUGCUUGCUCGUUGGGCACGAUCAGCCCUGGUCCGCUUGCCCCCCGCGGUCCCCUUCCUGCUCCUGUGUGUCUCUAUCGGCCUCGAUGUAGUGUCAUUGGUUACGGCGUUGCUAGCCGGGCCGGGGCACCGACCAGAGGCUACUGUUCCUGCUCACAGGGACAUACGUCUACCUGGUCUACUGCGUCUAUUGACAUAUCUAAUCCUCGGUAUUGUGGCAAUCUCACGCCUACGGUUGUGGUGGAGGGAUGUUCGGGUGGAGGCCCAUGGUGUGGUUAUCAAGAUUGGCAAGGCUGGCAGUAUUGGGCAUGUGAAUAGGAAGAGACGAGGGAGUGGUAGCAGCCAAUUGUCGGACGGCGAGCUUACGGCAGCUGACUACGACCUGUGUCGAGAGCGAUACGAGUACACCCCGUGGCCGCCUCCAGAGUUGCUCGGAUGGGCGCCUUUCGGGACGGUACCGUUUGGACCGCAAGAAGAUCCUAGGGCCUGCUAUUGGGCCCAGGGGAAUGCGACGUGUUUCAAGGUCCGCCAGAAAGGCUAUGCGAGCACCGGGCUGAAGCUGCCGAGCAGAUACCCCAUCUACGAGUGUGUAGGGGUGGACGUUGUGAAGUCUGGCAUGGUGCUCCGGAAGGUUGCGGAACUCAGCGUAUUCCAGAGAAUCGCGCAAGGUGACGACGUGCACAGCUCAGAGGUGCCCUCGUUUUGGAGAGGUGUUCAUCAUAUCAAUGGUCACCGCUGGGAGAAGGAAAUUGGCAUACCGCGGUUCCUCGUGGUGAACUGUCAGUUACCAUACGCGCCACCUGGCCUGUUCACCUCUGCCGACCCCAACGACCCCGGUAUGUCGGUGCUGUCGUAUUUCGUGAUGAACCCCACGGUGAUUGAGGAAUACCACAACGGCAAUUUGGAGCAGAUCAGUGCUAUUAGGCUGUUCAAAGAGUUGUUGAAAACAGGAGUGUCGAAGAAGGGCGAGAGCGCCUUGAAAAUAAUAGCCUUGAUUGAGAACGCCCAAGACCUAGGGCUUCCAGGAAUAGUUAACAGAUACAACGGUAAACCGGCGUUGCUGACCAAGAGCUUGCAGUUGCACGCAGACGUUGACGGUCGGGGGGAGGUGGCUGAGAUAGACUUUGAUAUUCGACAGUGGUGCUACUUAGCUCGAAAGAGCUUCUACUCCUUCUCGGGGCUCCUCAAGGACUGCAUGGCCCAUGUGGGGUUGGUGAUGGAAGGUGAAGACGACAGUGAGCUUCCGGAGCAGCUCCUGGCCUGCUUCCGAAUAUCCCAUCUCGACAUCGCGCGCGCCAAGUUGAUCGAUACCGACUGA